AUGUUAAUCAUCUCAGAAUUCAAUCCUCAAUUAAUGCAUUCGGACGAUUCCGAAGACGAUUAUGAUCAUCAAUCCAGCCACAGAAACUCUUCUAAUGGCACUACUACUUUCAAUCAAAUAAUCACCUACAAGGGACAGAUUUCUUCGCUUAAUGAUGCUUUAUUAAUUAUUGAGGCAUGCAGGCUACAGAAAUUACCCAUGGUGACAAGAAGGUUGACCGGGAUUGAAAGAAAUAAAUUUAUUAAACCCAACACCGUGUUUGUAUGGAACGAAACCCAAUGUGGUAUGAAACGAUGGACUGAUGGCAGAUUAUGGUCGGCCUCAAAAGUCUACAAUGGAAAUUUCUUGGUCUAUAAACAAUUGAAUAAAAAGACUAAACGUGAACAAGAAGAAGAGGAAUCAGGUGGCCAAGCAUUAGUUAAACAAUCAUUUUCGGUGGUAACUAAAGACCAUCAAAGAUUCCAUUUAAUUAGUUAUUAUGAAAACGUUCCUGGAUCAUUUAGACCAAAACUGGCUUCAAACCAAACAACAACGACAGUAAAUAUACCAAGUCACGAUUCCAAGUUCAACCAAUUAGACCUUUCAAAUGCUAUAUAUCCUGACAGUUUAUUGAAUAGCAUUUACAAGAGAAAACACCAACAACAACAGAAUAAACAACACCCACAGCAGCAAACUGAACAACUUCGUCAACAGAGUUACUCACCAGCAAUACUACCCAACAGCAACAACAACCCAGUAUCCCUAGAAUCUAAUCCUGGUGCUGGUAUCAGUUCCAACUUGUAUUCACUCAUGAAUCAAACUUCAACUCAUUAUACACCACCAUCCUCCAGCUUGUCAAGCUCUUCCCUUUCUUCAAAUUCUUCAAAUUCUUCAAAUUCUUCAAAUUCUUCAUCUGGCAGUAUAAAUUCACAACUAACGACUCAAUCUUCAUCACCAUUAUCGAUACCGUCACUACACAUUAAAUCUGCAGGUUAUUUUACUUCUUCUGGACCUAAUCAUAAUACUUUUACAUUACAAAAAGCUGGCCCUCAGAAUCGUCAGCAACGUGCCAAUCAUCCAUUAACUUUACAGCCAUUAUCUAAAAUCUCCCAACUCUCACAAACACCGACAUCAGGAAACAACAAUAAUACUGGUAUUACCAACGAUUAUGAUAGUCGUACCGUUAGUGCAUUGAAUAAGACCUGGUUAAAAUAG